AUGGCUCACAGCGUUUUCUCGAGUUGUUCACUGCAGCUGCCGGCUAAACUAUCUACCAAGGGAUGCUUUAUGCGUCUUGACCAGGGUAUGAAGCGAUCUUUCAUUCACAGAGACGUGCUAUCUGCUAAAACUGUGUCAGCCUUUAGACCGAGUAUUCUUCAUCUACGUACGCGACAAAACCAACACGCAAAGCGCCAUGUGUAUUCGCGAGCACGCGGUAUUGUUCCGCCUUCGGUUCAAUCUGGUUCCCUGACGCGAAGUCCACCAAAACCAGUUGUAGUAUGGACGCGAUCCAAGUCCGAGGUUCCUACCUCGUCGGUGCCGUACACAAAGCUGACCCUGGGAGUUCCCAAAGAAACUCACCCCGGGGAACGCCGCGUGGCCGUGGCUCCUCAGAAUAUUCCACUGCUUCUGAAGAAGGGUUUCUCCAAGAUCCUUGUCGAAAGCGGUGCUGGAACCGAAUCCGAAUAUCCUGACGAACUCUAUGAGCAUAUGGGCGCACAGGUGGUUGACCGUAAAACUGUCUGGACCGAAAGCAACGUUCUGCUCAAAGUUCGGCCACCGGACGUGGAAAAUGAGGUCCCCAACAUUCGCCAGGGAGCGGCGUUGAUCUCCUUCAUUCAACCGGCUCAAAACAAGAAAUUGGUUGAUGCUCUUGCAGAGCGUCAUGUCACUACGUUCGCGAUGGAUAUGAUUCCGAGAAUCUCACGGGCACAGGCAUUUGACGCGCUCAGUUCUAUGGCUAACAUUGCCGGUUACAAGGCAGUACUAGAAGCAUCUAACCAUUUCGGUCGUUUCCUGACCGGUCAGGUCACGGCUGCUGGCAAGAUUCCACCAUCGAAAGUCUUGGUCAUUGGUGCGGGUGUAGCAGGUCUCAGCGCUAUCACCACCGCUCGUCGAUUGGGGGCAAUUGUGCGUGGCUUCGACACACGAUCGGCUGCUCGGGAACAGGUUCAAUCACUUGGUGCCGAUUUUCUUGAGGUGACUGUCAAGGAGGAAGGUGCUGCAGCUGGGGGCUAUAGUAAAGAAAUGUCCAAAGAGUUUAUCGAAGCGGAAAUGAAGCUGUUCAUGGAACAAUGCAGGGAUGUCGACAUUGUUGUCACAACUGCUCAAAUUCCGGGAAAAGCCUCUCCAAAACUCAUCACCGAAAAAAUGGUCAGCGCUAUGAAGCCCGGCUCAGUGAUUGUCGAUCUCGCAUCCGAAGGAGGAGGCAAUUGCGAAGUGACCCAGCCAGGGAAGCUGAUUGUCCACAAUCAUGUCACUGUCAUCGGAUACACAGACUUCCCAUCGCGACUUCCAACGCAGUCAUCCAGUCUGUACUCGAACAAUAUUACGAAGUUUCUGCUAUCGCUUGCGCCUCAGGAGAACGCCUUUGGCAUUGAUAUGGACGAUGAAGUCACUCGUGGUGCCAUCGUAACCCAUAAUGGUCAAGUCAUUCCUCCCGCACCUCGACCCGCACCACCACCAACACCGACGCAACACUCUGAAGAAUCUGAGACAAAACCAGUUGAGCUGACCCCAUGGCAAAGACAGACGCGACAGGUCGCAACCGUGACUGGAGGUAUGAGUGCUGCGCUUGCACUGGGAAAACUCACUAGUCCUCUGUUCAUGGGUAGUAUGUUCACCGCGGGUCUUGCUGGGCUGAUCGGAUACCGCUCCGUCUGGGGUGUGAUUCCGGCUUUGCACUCGCCUCUCAUGAGUGUCACCAAUGCUAUCUCUGGAAUAGUCGGCGUUGGCGGAUUCUUCAUCAUGGGCGGUGGUUAUCUGCCGGAAACUGUGCCUCAGGCCCUGGGAGCGUUGUCCGUCUUGCUUGCCUUUGUUAACGUAUCUGGAGGUUUCGUGAUUACGAAGAGAAUGCUGGAUAUGUUCAAACGGCCUACCGAUCCACCUGAAUACCCCUGGCUAUAUGCAAUCCCCGGUGUACUCUUUGGCGGUGGCUUUAUCGCUGCAGCAAGCACCGGGAUGGCCGGCCUUGUCCAGGCAGGUUAUUUGGUGAGCAGCUUACUUUGCAUAGGUUCAAUCUCGGGUCUUGCAUCGCAGGCAACCGCGAGAACAGGAAACUUGCUUGGUAUCUUAGGAGUACUAUCGGGUAUACUGGCGUCGCUUGCGGCAGUUGGAUUCUCGCCUGAAGUGAUGGCACAAUUCGGUGGUAUUGUAGCUGUCGGUGCUCUUGUUGGCGCUUUGAUUGGAAGGCGUAUCACACCUACCGAGUUGCCACAGACUGUUGCAGCUUUGCACUCAGUCGUCGGUUUAGCGGCCGUACUCACCAGUAUCGGGUCUGUUCUCGCGCAUGUUUCUGACAUUUCGACGCUGCACAUGGUUACUGCGUAUCUAGGUGUUCUGAUUGGCGGUAUAACAUUUACUGGCUCGAUCGUGGCUUUUCUCAAGCUGGCAGGAAGGAUGUCCUCCCGUCCCACCAUCUUACCCGGAAGGCAUUUGAUCAACUCCGGCCUUCUCGCUGCCAAUGCUGGUACAAUGGGCGCAUUUGUCACCAUGGCCCCCGGAGCUCCCACCGUGGCUGCGAUGUGCUUAUCCGCCAAUACCAUUCUGAGCUUCGCCAAAGGAUAUACGACCACCGCAGCAAUUGGAGGCGCAGAUAUGCCUGUCGUCAUCACUGUGCUGAAUGCGUAUUCCGGGUUCGCACUUGUAGCGGAAGGUUUCAUGCUCGACAAUCCACUGUUGCUGACUGUUGGAUCGUUGAUUGGAGUGAGCGGUUCGAUUUUGUCUUACAUCAUGUGCGUGGCGAUGAACCGGUCGCUAACAAACGUCUUGUUUGGUGGCAUUGCUCCCAUCGUACAGACCCCCGGACAGGAGAUCAAGGGUCAAGUUACGAAAACAACGGUGGAAGAAACGGUUGAAUCGAUGGCGAAUGCUGAGAGUGUUAUCAUUGUCGUCGGCUACGGUAUGGCCGUAGCCAAAGCGCAAUAUGCGAUUGCCGAAAUCACAGCGCUACUCAGGUCCAAGGGUGUGAGCGUUCGUUUUGCAAUUCACCCAGUCGCAGGACGUAUGCCGGGACAGUGUAACGUGCUCUUAGCUGAGGCGAGCGUGCCGUAUGAUAUCGUUCUUGAAAUGGACGAAAUAAACGACGACUUUCCUGACACAGACCUCACGCUCGUCAUUGGCGCAAACGAUACAGUCAACCCAAUUGCUCUAGAGCCCGGCAGCCCCAUCGCAGGAAUGCCAGUUCUGCAUGCAUGGAAGAGCAAGAAUGUUAUUGUGAUGAAACGAGGAAUGAGCAGUGGUUACGCGGAUGUGCCGAAUCCAAUGUUCUACAUGCCCGGUACGAAGAUGUUAUUUGGCGAUGCGAAGAGUACGUGUGACGCUCUCAAGGCAGCAUUGGAAACGAGGUAUAAAGCGCAGUUUCAUGUGUGA